AUGACCUCAGGUACACAGGAACAGCAUGGUGUUAGUCUGUAUGUUCAGGAUAAAGAAGGCUUAUCAGCUCUGGAUCUUGUGAUGAAAGAUAGGCCUAUCCAUGUUGUGUUCAAGAAGACUGAUCCCACAGAAGUCUACACCUGGGGAAGCAAUAUAAAUUUUACUUUGGGUCACGGUGGUCAGCAGGGUAGACAUCAUCCUGAAUUGGUGGACCUUUUUCCUCGGAAUGGCGUGUAUAUUAAACAGGUGGUACUCUGCAAAUUCCACUCUGUGUUCCUUUCCCACAAAGGCCAAGUGUAUACAUGUGGACAUGGACAAGGAGGGCGCUUGGGUCAUGGUGAUGAACAAACAUGCUUGGUUCCAAGACUUGUGGAAGGCUUAACUGGUCAUCAGUGCUCCCAGAUAGCUGCAGCUAAGGAUCAUACUGUUGUCCUAACAGAAGAUGGAUGUGUUUACACAUUUGGUUUGAAUACUUUCCAUCAAUUGGGUAUUCUUCCUCCUCCUUCUAAUUGCAGUGUUCCUAGACAGGUUCAGGCAAAAAACCUGAAAGGUAGAAUGGUGAUUGGAGUGGCUGCAGGCAGAUUCCAUACUGUGCUAUGGACUAAAGAAGCAGUGUAUACCAUGGGGCUGAAUGGCGGCCAACUAGGUUAUCUGCUGGAUCCUAAUGGAGAAAAAUGUGUAACUGUACCUCGCCAAGUCUCUGCUCUACACCAUAAAGACAUCUCUGUGUCCCUGGUCUCUGCAAGUGAUGGCGCUACAGUAUGUGUUUCUGAAAGAGGAGAUAUUUAUUUACUUGCAGACUAUCAGUGCAAAAAGAUAGCUUCAAAACAGCUGAACCUUAAAAAAGUUCUUGUCAGUGGGGGAUAUUUGGAAUAUAAAGUAGAUACCCAGCAUCUUAAAGAAAAUGGGGGUCAAAAGACUUGCAUUCUGGCCCUGGAUGAAGCUGGAAGAGUGUUUUGUUGGAAGUCAUCUAAUAACUCCAUGAAACAGUGUCGUUGGGUGUAUGGCCGACAAGUCUUCAUGUCUGAUGUUGCAUUGAAUGGGAGUGAAAUAAUGUUUGUCACAUAUGAUGGUGAAGCCUUUACAGGGAAGUGGCUGGAAGAAGGGAAAAAAAGCUCAGAAAAAAAAGAACUUGUAUCAGGCCUUCAGCAUCCUUCAUGUGAUGUGUCUUGUGAACAUGAUACAACCAGUGUGUAUGAAAGAAUUCGACUUCAGAAGCUGACUUUUGUCCACCGAGCUGUCAGUAUUGCCACUGAUCCUAGUGGCUGCAAUUUUGCUGUGUUACAGUCAGAUCCUAAAACCAGUCUCUAUGAAAUUCCAAGUGUGUCACUAUCAAGUUUUGGAACGGAUUUUGGCAAACUGUUAGAUGAAACAGAUGAAAUGGACAGUAUCCAUGAUGUGACUUUUCAGAUUGGCACAAGAAUGUACCCCGUGCACAAAUACAUCUUGGCCGUACGCUCUGACUUCUUCAAGAAGCUCUUUGUUUCCUGUGACAACCAACUAGACACUCCAGACAUCUACCGUAAAGAUGAAGAUGCUGUUGGAUGUGAUCUCUAUGUAAUUGAGAAGGUUCAUCCAGAUCUGUUUGCAUACCUUCUGCAGUUCAUAUACACUGAUACUUGUGAUCUUUUGACUCAUGGUUAUAAGCCAAAAAUCUCAUAUAAAGAAAAAUCAGAUGAAUAUCAAGAUACUUUAAUUUCUAAUCUCAGCAAAAUGAGCUUUGAUGAAAAUGUCAAUGGGAAGUCUGCAUUUGAGAUUUAUAGAAAUAAUCAAGUGGAAGUUAUAAAUGAAAAACAGAAGAGCAAAUCUAAAAAAGGCAAAACUGGUGAUGAAGCUAACCUCAUUAAAAUGUUGCAAAGUGCAGCAAAGAAGUUUGGGCUCAGCAAUUUAAGUGGAAGGUUGGAUGGAGUCAGGUUAGAAAAUGGGAAAAUUAACGUUGUCAACAAGAAGAAUGGGAACAAACCGAAGUUAAAUCAGAAGAAAUGUUCAUACCUCUGCGAUGUGACCCUGAAAUCUUUAGAUGGAAAGGAAUUCCCAUGUCAUAAGUGUGUACUUUGUGCAAGACUUGAUUAUUUUCACAGCAUGUUAAGCAGCUCAUGGACUGAGGCUACCUGUUCAGCUCUGGAAAUGCCCAUCCAUUCUGACAUACUACAGAUAAUUGUGGAUUACUUGUACACAGAUGAAGCUCUUGCCAUAAAAGAUUCUCAAAAUGUGGAAUUCAUAUGUAAUGUUCUUGUGGUAGCAGACCAGCUUCUUAUAUCCAGACUCAAAGAAAUCUGUGAAGUAGCCAUUGCAGAAAAACUAACCUUAAAGAAUGCUGCUGAGCUGCUGGAGUUCUCAGCAAUGUAUAAUGCUGAACAGCUAAAAUUGUCCUGCUUGCAGUUCAUAGGACUCAAUAUGGCAGCUUUGCUUGAAGCAAGGACUCUGGAUGUCUUAAGUGAUGAAGUUGUGAAGGAUCUUUCUGUUUAUUAUAGGAAAAUGAUUCCAGCUAUGGUCAGGAGAGUAAUUACUCCAUAUCCAGAUGGACCUGACAUAAGUUCUUUUGAGCCUGAAGAAGGAGGGAACUUCAUCUUUUUAAGAGAAGAAAUGAAUACAGAACAAAAUUCUCAGGAAAACCUUUUCAAAAAAGCAAAAGCUAAGGCAAAAAAGAAGCCACGAAAACGGUCUGACAGCUCUGGAGGAUAUAAUCUAUCAGAUAUUAUUCAGAGUCCAGCCUCUACAGGCUCAGUAAAACUGGAUAAAGCUAACUCAGUAGAAUCACUUCCAGAAGUCUUAACAUCUGACUCUGAAGGUAGUUAUGCAGGAGUGGGGAGUCCUAGAGACUUGCAGUCCCCUGACUUCACAAAAGGAUUUCAUCCAGAGAGGACUGAGAUGAAAGACAAAGUAUGCAGUCAGGGUAUGAAACCCUCUCACCCUAACAAGGAAAUGAAGUCAUACAAGGGAGCAUCAGCAUUGACGCAGUCUGUUCCACAGUCCAUUCCCAGUGCCAGACACAACUCUGCAAGCUCUCCCAAUUGGGUAGCAACCAGUUGCAGCCCUGCCAGCCCCCCUGCUAUGGAUCUUAGAACCAUCAUGGAAAUUGAAGAAAAUAUGCAGAAAUCUGGAACCAUGCCAAAGGCAAAUUCAAGCAGAAUGGUGUCUCAUGGAAUCAAGCUUUCUCAGAAGCAAAGGAAAAUGAUUGCCCUGGCAGCAAAAGAUAAUGGAUCAGUAGCUAGCAGCCUGGAGCCUACCACUCUAGUAACUUCACCACCUCCACCCACAAAAGUUGCAAAACUAGGGAAUGCAUGGUCAUCUUCAUUACAUUCUGCCUUGCCAAAGUCAUUCCGUGAUCUUGUGAUGGAAGAAGAAAAAUGUAUGAGUAUGAAUAAUUCACCUAGCACUGGUAUAAAAAGAUGUGGCUAUAAAGGAUCUGAGGAUUCAUCAGUUCAAAACACCAUAAGGUGGAACACUAGAAGUAACGCAGGCCUGGAAGACAGUGUUCUGGAUUCUCAACAGCUGGAGAGUCAUAAUCCUUGGUCAGCAGCAUCACCAGCCAGCUCUCCUGUGAUAGCACCGGUCAUGUUCUCAGCUAUUGUAGAGGAAGAGCUCCAGCAAGAAGCUGCUCUUAUUAGGAGCAGAGAAAAACCUUUGGCAUUGAUCCAGAUUGAGGAGUGUGCUAUUCAAGACUUGCUAGUCCACUAUGAAGCUUUUGGCAACCCUGAAGAAUUUGUGACCGUUGAAAGGGCUCCACAGGGACCUAUAGCAGCACCUAUGUGGCACAAGCACUAAUUGGUACUCUUCACAGCCCUCCCUUCCACAUUUCUCACAGUUGUAUGUGCACUUUUGAAAUUGUAAUUCUUACAAGUAAAACAGGACUGGAAUAAUAAGGAUCAUGUAAUUUCUAACAUCAGCAUUAAAACACUGCCCGUAAUCACUAGGUAUUUGUUAGAGAGAAUGAAAUAAUGUGUUCACUGUGUCCUUUACCCACAAUAUCUAUUGUAUGUAUGUUUUGAGAGCAUUUCUUUAAUGACACAUAUAAUUAGUAAUGUUACAUGAGGCUGUCGAUUGGGAAUGUAUUUGCUAAUCUUAAGUUUUAAGGGUUUUUUUGUUAAAUUAACAGGUGAGAAGUUUAAACAAGUGUUUAUUUUGUGAUUUAAUGUGGAAUUGGAUGUGCAGAAUUAAACACUUUUAAAGUUUGGGGAGUGGUGUGUCCUUCAGACCUUUCUUGCAAAUUUAGAGUGUUGGGAAAAAGUUUGUGCUUGAACUUCGUGCAAAAGUACAGUUUGGCAAUGAAGUUUUUCUUAAGUUACCUGUGCAAGUCCUGGUUCUCUGGCUGCUGUGGCCAGCACAUUUCCCUGUUGUGCCCCAGGCUGUGCUCUGUGCCUGGCCAUCGCCUGCGCUUGGCUCAGCUGUGCAUGUUUGUCACUGCUGUGAGUGAGCCUGGCCUUGGAGCAGCCAGCUCUGUCUUGAAGUGAAGCACACAGCUCAAGAGAGCAUGGUGCCACUUAAUUAGCCCAUCUAUAGUCUUACUCUGGUAAAUGUGAUACUGUUUUUAGAACCGCUGUGUUUGGGGAUGAUUCACUUGAAGUGCUGAGGAAAUAAAUGUUGUAUAUGUUGUUGAAGCUACAGGGGCGAGUGCUUGACUGGGAAAUUUGCAAACGCCUAAGCUGCAAAGAUUAUCAUAGGUGGCUUUCAAUAUUGUGUUCCAAAGUUCUCUGUGCCUGGUUGAAACAAAUUUAUAGAUAUUUAAAAAAAAAAAAAAAAAAAAAAAAAAAAAGGUAGCCUUAUCUGCAAUAUUUUGUCUAGUUUGUCUUGUUUGUAUAGAUGUGUUUGAACUUGUACUUCCUCAGUAAUGUCAGUACUCAUAAACUCUGGAAAACUGGAAUGGAGACAUCUACAGAAAAUGAAUGUAAAGAAUUGAUCACUGUGUGAUAAAAAAAUCCUGAAAAAAGUGAAGUAGAUAUGUCUUAAUGAUUUCAGGUCAUGCUGCACCAAAAAAAUGCCCUACAAAAAUUGUAAAAAACCGCAAUAAACAGUAAAAUCUUGAUUUAUA